AUGAUCACGUCUUUAACCAAAACGACAGUGAAGCGGAUAGAUCCUGCUCUGGUUUUGGGUCCCGUGAGGCCCCUGGAGGCUCUGACUCCAUCUCUGCGCGCUCACACUCUGCUGUGGUUUGAAAGAACGCAGCUGCCGCGACUGCACAGGCCAGGACAGCCUCUUCCCCGCUGGCUCCAUGGUUUCGCUACACGCAGGGAGGCGGAACAGCUGCUGAAGGAUAAGCCACAAGGCUGUUUCCUGUUGAGGCUCAGCGAGUCAAAGAUUGGCUUUGCGCUGUCUUACAGAUCUGUUUACAAUGGCAGUUCUGAGGUUGCUGAAAGACCCUCAAAUCUUAAUUUAACAGGGGAUCAAAUUUCUCCUGUGGAUGUCCAGUAUGCUCGAGUUAACAAACCCCCCAGAGCAGUAUCAGAAAAUACCCCCAACUUCAGUGCCCAACCUGACCUCCAGGGAGCAAUAGCAGCCUUUACCCCUCCAUCCAUCUCAAACUUUGACACAACAGCAGCAAACCCGAAAUACUGGAAACUGGAGCACACUUAUGAAGAACCCCCCCACACACACAGUCGUCUAGAAGAGAUUGACUGCUAUGCCGUGGGGUGGAGGAGGCAGGCAGCAGGGGAUGAAGUGAACCUUCCAAAGAAUCAUCUGUAUUCAGAGGUGAACAUCAGGGGUGCCCAAGACAGCUUUGCUGUACCAAGACCUGGGCCUAGUCUUCCUCUAAGACCACCCCCAAGAUCUGCUCAUGGUCCUUUGCGACCAGAGCUCAGCGGGCAGAGUUUUGGUGUGUCCUCACUGAUGACUCAACCACAACACUCUGAUUUUCAUCAUUCAGAGGAGCCAAAUCUGAAUGCUUCCUCCAGCUCCAUUUAUGAGCAGAUUCCAGAAAGACCAACCAGCUCUAGAGCAUGUCUGCCCCCACCAAAUCACAAACGCUGACCUCAGGAUUAUAUAGACCUUUGACUUCACCAAAGGAAUGUUUCAUUUGUAAACACUCUGUAUAAUGAGAUUAAAAUCAGCAUAGUGAU